AUGUCCGAUAAGGAACAAUCUGAAUCCCAUGCCUCAGGAGGCAAAAUUGGGAAAUAUCAAAUCAUUAGAACUCUUGGUGAAGGUUCAUUUGGUAAAGUUAAAUUAGCAUAUCACUUAACAACAGGUCAAAAAGUUGCCCUAAAGAUAAUCAAUAGAAAGACUUUAGCAAAAUCUGAUAUGCAAGGUAGAAUUGAAAGAGAAAUCUCUUACCUAAGAUUAUUAAGACAUCCUCAUAUUAUAAAAUUAUAUGAUGUUAUAAAAUCUCAAGAUGAAAUUAUUAUGGUUAUUGAAUAUGCUGGUAAAGAAUUAUUUGAUUAUAUUGUUCAAAAGGGUAAAAUGAAAGAAUUAGAAGCUAGAAGAUUUUUCCAACAAAUUAUAAGUGCUGUAGAAUAUUGUCAUCGUCAUAAAAUUGUUCAUAGAGAUUUAAAACCUGAAAAUUUAUUAUUAGAUGAUUCUCUAAAUGUUAAAAUUGCUGAUUUUGGUUUAUCAAAUUUUAUGAGUGAUGGUAAUUUCCUUAAAACAAGUUGUGGUUCACCAAAUUAUGCUGCUCCAGAAGUUAUUAGUGGGAAAUUAUAUGCUGGUCCUGAAGUUGAUGUUUGGUCAUGUGGUGUUAUCCUUUAUGUUAUGCUUUGUGGUCGUUUACCAUUUGAUGAUGAAUUUAUCCCGGCUCUAUUUAAAAAAAUUAGUAAUGGUGUUUAUACAUUACCAAAUUACCUAAGUGAAGGUGCUAAAAACAUAUUAACUAAGAUGCUUGUUGUUAAUCCAUUAAAUAGAAUUACAAUUCAUGAAAUUAUGCAAGAUGAAUGGUUCACUACAGAAAUUUCUGAUUAUUUAUUACCAAAUGAUGUCCCUAAAUCCCUUAAUGAUUCUAAAAAAAUUGAUGAAAAUUUAAUUAAUAUAUUAGUCAAGACAAUGGGUUAUGAUAAAAAUGAAAUUUUAGAAACUUUAAAUAAAAAUUUACAAAAUGAAAUUAUGGAUGGUUAUAUGUUAAUUAAAGAAAAUAAAAUGAUUAUUGAUGAUUUGAAAAAAAAACCGAAUGAUGCUGAUCAAUUAGAUACUUUUUUAAGCUCUUCACCUCCUCCAUCUUAUGAUCAUUUAGAUCAACAACAUCAACAUCAUCAACAUCAACAUAAAGAACACCAAGAACAUCAACAACAUAAAGAUAAAGAAGAAAUUACAUAUCAACAACCAUUAUCUUCAAAUCAUUCAGGUGCUAAAGGUUUACAUAAUACAAUUGCUAUAUUACCUUCAUCAUUACCUCAAUUACAUCGUGCAAAUAUGGCUCAAUAUGGUAAUUCAAAUUCUAUUACCAAAAUAAAUCCAAUAAGUACCAAAAAAUCUAAAACAAGAUGGCAUUUUGGUAUUAGAUCAAGAUCUUAUCCUCUUGAUGUUAUGGGAGAAAUUUAUAGAGCUUUGAAAAAUUUAGGAGCAGAAUGGACAAAACCAAAUGAAGAUGAAUUAUGGACAAUAAAAGUUCGUUGGAAAUAUUCACCAAAUACCGAGAAUACAAAUCCAACAACAAGGAAAAUUCCUGAUAUGAUGAAGAUGAUUAUUCAAUUAUUUCAAUUAGAACCAAAUAAUUAUUUGGUUGAUUUUAAAUUUGAUGGUUGGGAAUUUAAUAGUGAUGAUGUUGGAAUUAGUGGUGUUGAUAAAGGUUUGAAAAAUGAUGAUGAAAUUAGUAGUUUUAGUGCUUAUCCUUUUUUACAUUUGGCUACUAGAUUGAUUAUGGAAUUGGCUGUUAAUAGUCAGGGAGGUUAG